CGGCGAAACUUGGCCUGGCGGGCUUCUAGAUACCUUUGUCGCCAGGCCCGGGCUUCUUCCCCGCCGAGCAGGAGGUCGAGCCUGUUGUCGAGGAGGGCUGAACGCUGGGCCUUCCAAGUCUGAGUGGCCGGAAGGAGGGCGGCGGGAGGGCCCCGGGGUGGCGCCAGGCUGCCCUGUGAGAUUCGCGCGCGCGCGGUCCCGGGCCUCCGAGUGCACCAGAGCGGUGGACACCCCAGGUCCCUCGCGCUUUCGCUGCUCCCUUCUCUCGCGGCAUUCGUCACCUGCGUGGGCCGGGGGAGGGAGUAGCCAUGGAGCCUGGGGCAGAGGUGACAAGUAGCUGUGUACGGCAGUAUCUUCAAGUUUACCACAAGGCAAGAGUAAUCAUGGCUCCUGACUCCACUUGUAGGGUUACUUUCUGAGGACUCACACCUUUUCUAUGCUGGAGAAAAUGGCAUGACCACGGUGCUACUGACCCCUGCCUGCAUCCCAGGGCUUCCAAUUUCCAAGAGUGAUGUCAUCCCUCAGUUGGAGUGUGGGGAGGGGCUAGAGAGAGAAGUAUCAAAAGCAUCAGACUGAGAGACAAGACCAGAAGGCAAGGAGCUUACUCCAGAACAGAAUAUUUCUGAGGAAGAAUCAGCCCCUGGUGUGUUACUAGAAAGAUUUCCAAAGGAAAGUUCCAGUGAAUGUGAAGAUUCUUCAGAGAGUCAGCAGGAGAACCAUGAGAAACAUUUAAUACGGGAGGCUGUCACUCAGAAGAAAUCUUCUGGGGAGAGACGUUACCAGUGUGAUGAAUUGGGGAAAAGUUUUAGUCAGAGGUCAUCCCUUACCCAGCAACAAGGAGGGAGACUACGUAACUGUGAUUCAUUUAAAAAGAACUUAAAAUUCAGAUCUAAUGAGGCACGAGAAGAUUUGUGCCGAGAAGAAACCUUGGAAGUGUAAUGAGUGUGAGAAAGCCUUUAGUUACUACUCAGCUUUUGUCUUGCAUCAGAGAAUUCACACAGGAGAAAAGCCCUACGAAUGUAACGAAUGUGGUAAAGCUUUUAGCCAGAGCAUACACCUUACUCUACACCAGAGAAUUCAUACUGGAGAGAAACCCUACGAAUGUCACGAAUGUGGGAAAGCCUUCAGUCACCGCUCUGCUCUCAUUCGCCACCAUAUCAUCCAUACUGGAGAGAAGCCCUAUGAGUGCAGUGAAUGUGGGAAGGCCUUUAAUCAGAGCUCAUACCUCACUCAACAUCAGCGAAUUCAUACUGGAGAAAAACCUUACGAGUGUAACGAGUGUGGGAAGGCCUUUAGCCAGAGCACAUUCCUUACCCAGCAUCAGGUCAUUCACACUGGAGAGAAACCCUAUAAGUGUAAUGAAUGUGGGAAGGCCUUUAGUGAUCGAUCAGGCCUUAUUCAGCACCAGAGAACUCAUACUGGGGAGAGGCCUUAUGAGUGUAAUGAGUGUGGGAAAGCCUUUGGCUACUGUUCAGCCCUGACUCAACACCAGAGAACUCACACUGGGGAGAAACCCUAUAAAUGCAAUGAUUGUGCCAAAGCCUUUAGCGACCGCUCAGCCCUUAUUCGUCAUCAGAGAACACACACUGGAGAGAAACCUUACAAGUGUAAGGACUGUGGAAAGGCUUUCAGCCAGAGCUCAUCUCUUACAAAGCAUCAGAAAACUCACACUGGAGAAAAGCCCUAUAAGUGUAAGGAAUGUGGAAAAGCCUUCAGCCAGAGUUCAUCCCUUUCUCAACAUCAGAAAACUCAUGCUGGGGGGAAAACCAAAGAAUACGGAAAAGCCUUUAGUGAGCAUUCAGCCUUUGGCCAGCAAAAGAGAAUUCAUACUGGAUAGAGACCAUGUAGAUGUGGUACCUUUAGAGCAUAUUUAGCAGACAGUUACUAAAUGUCAUGUGAGGGCUACAAAUGAAGUUCAGAGUGUGUCAUGCAAACGAUAUUGAGAAGUCAUUGCUGAUACAUAGCGUACUUAGGAUGUGAAGGAGGGGUUUGACUUUUUUCCGGUGUAGCAGAGGACUUUAAAUUUCCUCGGGGAAAGAGAAUGAUUAUUUCCAACACCCUAAGGUGUAUGUAAGCUUCCAAAUCCUUGGGAGAGAAACAGGGUGUGUUCUUGUCUGGGCUGGAUAGUCUCUUAAUGCUAAGGAGACGAAGCUUUAAAGAGAUGAGGGGGUUCUUUAGGGAAAUUGCAGAGGCAGAAAUAAGAGAUUAAGAAUUCACAAGUUGGUCCAGGGUUGGGAGUGGCGGUGGAAGGGAAGUGGUUCUCAGGCUUAAGUAUAGGGUCACUUAGGAGAUAGAUUAGAAGGAUCGAGAAAAAGAACUGGGGGAAUGAACUCAAGAAAUGUUGAUUGCGAUAACUACCCAAAUGAGUGCUCCCAACCAGGGAAAGUAUUAGACGCGUUAGUUGGCCAGGUGCAGAGUUUCCGCCCCAACACCAAGGAACGUCGGCGUGCCAAUCUGGGGCCACACUCUGUUUCGGAGACCUUGCUUCCUGAUCCGCAGCCUGCUAAGACUCGUACUAACUCCAGAGGUCAAGACUGACAGUCUAGAAAGAGAAGGUACAGAAGGGACCUUUGAUGUUUUCAGUCUAUUUUAAGCUACCUAUUUUAAGCUAAGUUACCUGAGGAUGUGUUUAUUUAUAAAGAUUUUACCUCAAUCGUA